CAACCUGAAUACCUUCUCUGCUCUGGGAGUGAGGAAGACAACAAGGCUGAGAGGAAGAGCGUGAGAGAGCAAGAGAGAGGCGGAGUAGGGAAGUUUGAAUUCAAAAAAUUGGAUCGAGCCUUUCCAGACUUGAACUGCAACCAUGGGGCUUGGAAAAGGGAAGGAUGAUUACAAGCCGGCGCCAACCUCCGAGCACCAUGGCAAGAAAAAUAAGAAGGAUAAAAAAAUGGACAUGGACGAGCUGAAAAAGGAGGUCGAUUUGGAUGAUCACAAGUUGACACUGGAAGAACUUUUCAGAAAAUAUGGGACCGACGCAAACAGAGGUCUGUCCUCCUCCAGAGUAAAGGAGAUCUUCGCCCGGGAUGGCCCCAACGCCCUCACUCCCCCUCCCACGACACCCGAAUGGGUCAAGUUCUGUAAACAGCUUUUCGGAGGGUUCUCCAUGCUGCUGUGGAUCGGUGCAAUCCUCUGCUUCCUUGCUUACAGCAUCCAGACUGCUUCAGAAGACGAGCCAACCAAUGAUAAUCUGUAUUUGGGGAUUGUGCUGUCCGCUGUCGUCAUCAUUACCGGCGGCUUUUCUUACUACCAAGAGGCCAAGAGCUCAAAGAUCAUGGAGUCCUUCAAGAAUCUUGUUCCACAGCAAGCCCUGGUUAUCCGUGACGGUGAAAAGAAGAGCAUCAACGCACAGGAGGUUGUUGUCGGAGAUCUGGUGGAGGUCAAGGGAGGAGACAGGAUUCCUGCUGACCUGCGCAUUGUCUCCGCUCACGGCUGCAAGGUGGACAAUUCCUCUCUGACUGGUGAAUCCGAGCCCCAGGCUCGUUCCCCAGAGUUCUCCAAUGACAACCCACUGGAAACCAGGAACAUUGCUUUCUUCUCAACCAACUGUGUUGAGGGCACGGCCCAAGGAGUGGUCAUCAACACUGGAGACCGUACCGUCAUGGGUCGAAUCGCUACUCUGGCCUCCGGCCUUGAGAGCGGAAAAACCCCCAUUGCCAUUGAGAUUGAGCACUUCAUCCACAUCAUCACUGGUGUGGCCAUCUUCACUGGUGUGACCUUCUUCAUCCUGUCUCUCCUCCUUGGGUAUGGGUGGCUGGAAGCCGUCAUCUUCCUCAUUGGUAUCAUCGUCGCCAAUGUGCCAGAAGGUCUUCUAGCUACUGUGACUGUGUGUCUGACCCUGACUGCCAAGCGAAUGGCCAGGAAGAAUUGCCUGGUGAAGAACCUGGAAGCUGUGGAGACCCUCGGCUCCACCACCACCAUCUGCUCUGACAAGACCGGCACCCUGACCCAGAACAGGAUGACCGUCGCCCACAUGUGGUUCGACAACCAGAUCCACGAGGCCGACACCACCGAGAACCAGAGUGGAGCCGGCUUCGACAGGAGCUCCCCAACUUGGGCGGCUCUGUCAAGAAUUGCCGGACUCUGUAACCGGGCUGUCUUCCUGGCAGAACAAGACAAAGUCCCCAUCCUAAAGAGAAAUGUGGCUGGAGAUGCCUCUGAAGCAGCCUUGCUCAAGUGUAUCGAGCUGACCUGUGGAUCCGUCAACGCCUUUAGAGAAAAAUACCCUAAGAUUGUUGAGAUCCCAUUCAACUCCACCAACAAAUACCAGCUUUCUAUUCACAAGAACUCGACUCCUGAAGAAACCAAGCACAUAUUGGUAAUGAAAGGAGCCCCAGAGAGGAUUUUGGACCGCUGCUCCACCAUCAUUCUCCAGGGAAAAGAGCAACCUCUGGAUGCCGAGAUGAAAGACGCCUUUCAGAAUGCCUAUGUUGAGCUUGGAGGGCUUGGAGAGAGAGUUCUUGGUUUCUGUCAUUUAAACUUGCCCGACGAUCAGUUUCCCGUGGGUUUUGCGUUUGACACAGACGAGGUGAACUUCCCCACAGAGAACCUGUGCUUUGUUGGCCUCAUGGCCAUGAUUGAUCCGCCUCGUGCCGCUGUGCCAGACGCUGUGGGCAAAUGCAGGAGCGCUGGAAUUAAGGUCAUCAUGGUCACAGGUGACCACCCGAUCACAGCUAAGGCCAUUGCUAAAGGUGUGGGGAUCAUCUCUGAAGGCAAUGAGACAGUUGAAGACAUUGCUGCCCGCCUGAACAUUCCAGUUUCAGAGGUCAACCCUAGAGAUGCCAAGGCCUGUGUCGUGCACGGCGGGGAGCUGAAAGACCUGACCUCAGAGCAGCUCGACGACAUCUUGAAGCACCACAUGGAAAUUGUGUUUGCCAGAACCUCCCCCCAACAGAAGCUGAUUAUUGUGGAAGGCUGUCAGAGACAGGGAGCCAUUGUGGCUGUGACAGGUGACGGUGUGAACGACUCUCCUGCCUUGAAGAAAGCCGACAUCGGCGUUGCCAUGGGGAUCGCUGGAUCUGACGUGUCCAAACAAGCUGCUGACAUGAUCCUGUUGGACGACAACUUUGCUUCUAUCGUCACCGGAGUGGAAGAAGGUCGUCUAAUCUUUGACAACCUGAAGAAGUCCAUCGCUUACAGUCUGACCAGUAACAUCCCUGAACUCUCACCCUUCCUGCUCUUCAUCCUCGCCAGUAUCCCUCUGCCUCUGGGAAUCGUCACUAUCCUCUGUAUUGAUCUGGGAACUGACAUGCUACCCGCCAUCUCCCUGGCCUAUGAAGAAGCUGAGAGCGACAUCAUGAAGAGACAGCCCCGAAACUCCAAAACAGACAAACUUGUAAAUGAAAGGCUCAUCAGUAUGGCCUAUGGACAAAUUGGAAUGAUGCAGGCCUUAGCUGGGUUCUUCACUUACUUUGUGAUCCUGGCUGAAAACGGCUUCUUACCCAUGGACCUGCUGGGCAUCAGGCUUCAAUGGGACGACAAACCUGUAAACGACCUGGAAGACAGCUACGGACAGCAGUGGACAUACGAGGGCAGAAAGAUCAUCGAGUACACGUGCCACACAGCUUUCUUCAUCAGUAUUGUGGUCGUCCAGUGGGCUGAUCUGAUCAUCUGCAAGACCAGGAGGAACUCUAUUGUGCAGCAAGGAAUGACAAAGAACCGCAUCCUCAUCUUUGGACUCUUUGAGGAAACAGCUCUGGCUGCUUUCCUGUCAUACUGCCCAGGAAUGGACACCGCCCUCAGAAUGUACCCCCUCAAGCCCACUUGGUGGUUCUGUGCCUUCCCAUACGCCAUCCUCAUCUUCGUUUAUGAUGAAGUCAGGAGAUAUCUCCUCAGACGCUACCCAGGAGGUUGGGUGGAAAUGGAGACCUACUACUGAGUCAGUACAGACGGAGCAUUUACCACCAUUUGCUGCCCUGUUACACAUUUCUUUGAGAUGCUGCAUCUCCGUGAAACACAGGAUGGAGAAGUCGAGCAUUCCUUCAUUUAUGUGUCAGUCACAAUAAAACAUGUCCGAACCAUUUUA